CUCCCGAAGCAAAGCAAGACAGCUCCCUCCCUCUCUAUCUCUCCCUCUCUUUUUGCUCUCCGGCUGAAAGCUUUACCUUACGCCACUGCUUCUCUCUCCUCUCUCAGUCUGUUUCUCUCUCUAAAACCUCCAGACGUGACAUCCUCCAAUGGCUUCCGUGACAAGGGCAGCAGCGUUUUAGCUCCCUCGAUAUCUCCCCCUCUCUGUGUAACUCGGCAAUGGCGGGGUUGCUCGUGAGCUCCGCCGCAGCUCAUGUCCUGCUCCUCAUCUCAGCGACGACGCUGCUUGGUGGUGUGCUGGUCGGCUCGGAGCCGACUCAGGACAAGCAAGCUCUCCUUGCUUUCCUCUCCCAGACGCCUCACGCGAGCCGACUCCAGUGGAAUGCUUCCAGCUCGGCCUGCAAUUGGGUCGGAGUGGAGUGCGACCCGACCCGGUCCUACGUCUACUCCCUCCGGCUCCCGGGGGUAGGCCUCGUGGGCCCCAUCCCUCCCGCCACACUCGGCCGCCUCAGCCAGCUCCGGAUCCUAAGCCUCCGCUCCAAUCGGCUCACCGGCGAGCUCCCCUCCGACCUCUCCAACCUCACUCUCCUACGCAACCUCUAUCUCCAGGGCAACGCCCUCUCCGGCGGGUUCCCGACGAGCCUGACCCAGCUCCCCCGCCUCGGCCGCCUCGACCUGUCCUCCAACAACUUCACGGGACCGAUCCCUUUCUCCGUCAACAAUCUGACCCACCUCACCGGCCUCUUCAUACAGAACAACCAGUUCUCCGGCGCUCUCCCCAGCAUCAACCCUCCGGGGCUCGACGCCUUCAAUGUCUCCAACAACCGCCUCAACGGCUCGAUCCCGGCCUCUCUGGCUAAGUUCCCCGCCUCUUCGUUCGCCGGGAACCUCCAACUCUGCGGCGGCCCUCUGCCCUCGUGCUCACCGUUCUUCCCGUCACCCGCCCCGUCCCCGUCCAUAAGCCCGAACCCGCCAAUUCCCGUCCAGAAGACGAAGAAGUCCAAGAAGCUGGCCACGGGGCUGAUCAUUGCAAUCGCAGUCGGGGCAGCUCUGAUCGGGUUCUUGCUGCUGAUGUUCCUGAUAGUCUGUCUCAGGCGGCGGCGGGGGAGGCAGGCUUCGAAGACGCCCAAGCCCGCGGGGGCAGCCGCAGCAGGGGCAGCGGGUGCGGCGGCGGCGGGGGGGUCCUUCGAGGCAGGGACGUCGUCGUCAAAGGAGGACAUCACGGGGGGUUCAGUGGAGGCGGAGAGGAACAGGCUAGUGUUCUUCGAGGGCGGGGGAUACAGCUUCGACCUGGAGGACCUGCUGAGGGCGUCGGCGGAGGUGCUGGGGAAGGGGAGCGUGGGGACGUCGUACAAGGCAGUGCUGGAGGAAGGGACGACGGUGGUGGUGAAGCGGCUGAAGGACGUGGGGGUGGGGAAGAGGGAGUUCGAGGGGCAGAUGGGGGUGCUGGGGAAGGUGAAGCACGACAAUGUGGUCCCACUGAGGGCAUUCUACUUCUCCAAGGAUGAGAAGCUCCUCGUCUUCGAUUACUACCCCGCCGGCAGCCUGUCCGCUCUUCUCCACGGCACUAGAAGCUCGGGCCGUACGCCACUGGACUGGGACAACAGGCUCAGAAUCGCGAUCACUGCUGGGAGGGGCCUUGCAUACCUCCACGAGUCGAGCAAAGUGGUCCAUGGCAACAUCAAAUCGUCCAAUGUCCUUCUCGGGCCUGACCAGUCGGGCCGGGUUUCAGAUUUCGGGCUAAAUCCACUAUUCGGCACCGCCACCCCUCCGAACCGGAUGGCAGGGUACCGGGCUCCCGAGGUGUUGGAGACCCGUAAGGUCACGUUCAAAUCUGACGUGUACAGCUUCGGAGUUUUGCUGCUCGAACUGCUGACGGGCAAGUCACCCAACCAGGCCUCUCUUGGGGAUGAGGGGAUCGACCUCCCCAGGUGGGUCCAGUCGGUUGUGCGAGAGGAAUGGACAGCCGAGGUUUUCGACGUGGAGCUGAUGAGGUACCAUAACAUCGAGGAAGAGAUGGUGCAGUUGCUUCAGAUCGCCAUGUCAUGCGUCGCCACCGUACCGGACCAGAGACCAAACAUGGCAGAGGUAGUCCGCAUGAUGGAGGACAUGAACCGGGGUGAGACUACUGAUGACGGGCUACGGCAGUCAUCCGAUGAUCCAUCCAAAGGAUCGGAUGGCCAAACCCCGACAACCGAAUCGAGGACCCCACCUAUAGGAGUCACCCCUUAAAACAGCAAAUAUUCAAAAGUAUUAACUCCCGGGAAGUGUGGGCAUGGAGGGCGUAAAUAAUGAAAUUCGAGUGUCCUCUUUUUUUUUUUUUUUGUUGGUCCGAUUAGAUUACGAGGGUAUCAAUUCUUUCUACAUUUUCGUCUCUGUUUUUACUCUUUUUCUCAAGAAAUCUCAUUUUUUCCCCCUUUUUCUCUAUUUUCUCUUUUUUUUAGUCUUUGUUAUUGUUAUUACUUAUUAUUAUUACGAUUAUUAUUUUUUGGGUCACAGCUGAGCUGGGGGGAAUUGCAUCGAUAGAGAGGGGGGUGGUGGUGGAGGUGUUGGUAGUGGUGGUGGUUUGAAAUGGAGAAGGGAACCAUUUAGAUUUGAUGGCAUAUUUGCAGUCUUUGUUUAUUUAAUUCUUCUUUUUCCCCCCUGAAAAUGAUUCUCUUUAGUCGACAAAUUGCAAUGUCUUUGUACGUUUACUCCGUGGAUGUUCUAACAUUUCAUGUGAAUUGUUUUGCCUUUAAUUAUUGGUAGUUUAUGUCGCGAUGCAAUGUAGACAAAAACCGAAUUUUGACUA